CGAGCAGAUGGCAGGGCGGGCCGAGCUGACAAUCCCCUAAUCCCAUCAACGCCGCGGGGGCUGAGCAGAGCCGAGCUGGGCCAUGGCGGGCACAGCGGUGCGGGGGCACCUCCUGCACCCGCUGCUAUUCCAGCUCUGCUGCGGCUGUCACGGGCUCCGCGUGUCCACGAGCACGCGUGUCCUCUACACGCUCCUGCAUGUCCUGGCCUCUGCUGUGUGCUGCCUCAUGCUGUCCCGCACUGUGGCCCAGGCUAUCACGGAGAAGGUGCCCUUCUCAGUGGUGCUGUGCCAACACCUGCCCGGGGGCACAGACUGCGAGCAGCUGGUGGGCUCCUCGGCCGUGUACCGGGUCUGUUUUGGCACUGCCUGCUUCCACCUGGCACAGGCUGCCCUGCUGCUCAACGUGCGCUCCAGCUCCGACUGCCGUGCGCAGCUCCACAAUGGGUACUGGCUGCUGAAGCUCCUGGUGCUGGUGGGCCUCUGGGCUGCAAGCUUCUUCAUCCCUGAGGACAACUUCAUCCAAGCCUGGCACUACACAGGUGUCUGUGGGGGCUUCGCCUUCAUCCUCAUCCAGCUGGUGCUGAUCACAGCCUUUGCACACACCUGGAACAAGAACUGGCUGACAGGUGCUGCACAGGACAAGCGCUGGUAUCUGGCUGUGCUGCUGGCCACAGCCACCUUCUACACCCUUGCCUCUGCCGCCUUCUCCUUCCUCUACAAGUUCUACACCCACCCAGCCGCCUGCCACCUCAACAAAGCACUGCUUGCCAUCAAUGGCAGCCUCUGCGGCAUCAUGUCCUUCAUCUCCAUCACGCCGUGUGUGCGGCUCAGGCAGCCGCGGUCAGGGCUGCUGCAGUCCUCAAUCAUCAGCUGCUAUGUGAUGUACCUCACCUUCUCUGCGCUGUCCAGCCGCCCCCCAGAGAGAGUGCUGUACAAGGGGCAGAACCUCACUGUCUGCUUCCCGGGGCUGCGGCAGGAUGAGCUGCAGACAGAGGACACCACCGUGGCCGUGCUGGGUGCUGCUAUCAUGUAUGCCUGCGUGCUCUUCGCAUGCAAUGAAGCUUCAUACCUCGCUGAGGUCUUUGGGCCCUUCUGGAUGGUCAAAGUCUACAGUUUUGAGUUUAAAGUGAGUAUGGAUGCAGCUGUGCUCCACAUCCUCCUGCUAUGGGCACCCCAGACCCACCACCUCAAGGCCCUGUCCCAGUCUCAGAGAGGGGCAGCUCUUUCUAGCCAAGCACAGAGGGCUGCCCACACCACCUGCCAUGGCAUAAGGCAGGGCUCAGUCUGGCCUUGGUGGCCACGGGGCUGGGCAGUCACCACUCUGCUCUCCCUGCAGAAACCUUCCUGUUGUUUCUGCUGCCCUGAGAAGAUGGAAGAGGAGCUGAGAGGUGAUGGAGUGUCUGUGUGGGAGAACGGGCAGAGCCUGUGUUCCAGCCUGGGAGUGCCAUGUCCCCACACUCCCCCAGGCACCGAUCAGACAUGUGAGCAAGUAGAGGAGAGUGCCAGGGGACAGUUCAUCAUCCAGGAUGAGCAGGACCGGGUGGUCUACAGCUACUCAGCUUUCCACUUUGUCUUCUUCCUUGCCUCGCUCUAUGUUAUGAUGACACUCACCAACUGGUUCAGCUAUGAGAAUGCGGUGCUGGAGACCACCUUCACACAUGGCAGCUGGUCAACCUUCUGGGUGAAGGUGUCCUCGUGCUGGGCUUGUGUCCUGCUCUACCUGUGGCUGCUGCUGAGCCCCUUCUGCCUCCAGGGCUCCCCACAGCACCAACGCAGCAGUACAGGGCCACGCAUCGUGCGGCGCCGACGUGCUCCACAGCGCAUCAACGUCUCCACAUAGCCCCUGCCAGGACAAACUGCACCCAGGGCUGGUCCCUGCUGUGCCCCGUGCCUGUGCCCUAGCCCUGCUUGGUCCUCCUGGCCUCCCCUCACCCCUGUCCCAGGAGACAGCAGCACCUGAGAGCCUGAGGGGAAUAUGGGAGGUGGAUGCUCCCAGGGAUACUGGCCCUGUGCUGAGCCAGGGCCACCCAAAGGGCCAGAGCCAGCUGGUGGCAGGAGCUCAGCCCGCAGCCUGGUUGCCCUGGCCUCACUGAGUGCACUGGGGGAGCAGGGCUCUGCCCUGGCUGCCACGGUUGUGGUGCAUUCACUGUAAAUACCUGCUUCAAUACAUUUUUAUAUAAAACUCUGAACUGUGCCAUUGCCCUGCGCAGCUGCUGCCAUGGGGAUGGAGGGAGGGGGUGCCAGCCCUGUGGAACACCCCGAGUCAGCAGCACUGCUGCAAGUCCCCACAGAGCCUGGCCCGGGUGGGGGGUUCUGCCAGACCCCCGUGCAGGCAGUGCAGGCUGUCCUCUGGGGAAACAAUGCCUUGCUCGUGCCUGCUGCAAGCACAGGCCACUGGGCAGCCUGCCACAGCCACUGGCAGUGCUAGAGAACCCCCUGCCACCCUUCUGUCCUG